GCGGCGGGUCCCGGCAGGCGGCGCGCGGCGCUGAGGGCUGGGCGGGCGUUAAUGGCGGACGCCGCUCCCGCCGCCCAGGACUGAUUGACCGCUCCCGCCGCCUGUUCCCGCCGCUUCUCGCCAUGUCCGUGGUGCCGCCCAACCGCUCGCAGACCGGCUGGCCCCGCGGGGUGAACCAGUUCGGGAACAAGUACAUCCAGCAGACGAAGCCGCUCACGCUGGAAAGGACCAUCAACCUGUAUCCUCUGACAAAUUACACGUUUGGCACAAAGGAGCCUCUGUAUGAGAAGGACAGUUCCGUGGCAGCUCGGUUUCAGCGCAUGAGAGAAGAGUUUGACAAGAUUGGCAUGAGGCGAACAGUGGAAGGAGUUCUGAUUGUGCAUGAGCACAGGCUGCCCCACGUGCUGUUACUGCAGCUGGGUACAACUUUUUUCAAGCUACCUGGUGGUGAACUGAAUCCAGGAGAAGAUGAGGUAGAAGGGCUCAAACGCUUAAUGACAGAGAUACUGGGUCGUCAGGAUGGUGUUCAGCAAGACUGGGUGAUUGAUGACUGCAUUGGCAAUUGGUGGAGACCAAACUUUGAACCUCCACAGUAUCCAUAUAUCCCAGCUCAUAUUACAAAGCCAAAAGAACACAAAAAGCUUUUUUUGGUCCAGCUUCAAGAAAAAGCUUUGUUUGCAGUCCCCAAAAAUUACAAGCUGGUUGCUGCACCAUUGUUUGAGCUCUAUGACAAUGCACCAGGAUAUGGACCCAUUAUUUCCAGCCUUCCUCAACUUUUGAGCAGGUUCAACUUUAUUUACAACUGAAUUCCUAUAUACCUGAAGACUCCAGUAGAAGAAGCCGUCUCUGUGAGCACAGCUUUGAACUGUAGAGAAACGAUUAUGUGUAACACAAGGAUUUUUUUAAGUCAUUCUGUUCAUGAAGGCCACUAACGAAGCAUUCUAUGGUAUGAACAGAGAAGUGAAUCUCAACUGUUUAGCUAGAGAGAUGGCAAUGGGCUACCAGUGUGUUUAAAUCCCUUUUCAUUGUAAUACUCACCAAUUUUUUGUUUUGUACAACAUUAAACAAUAUGGUCAAGA